AUGGACAGCAAGAAGCGCAAGGCCUUCGCACCGCCCGCUGGGCGCUCGUCUGACGCGGAGCACGAGCGUCUCGCUGCGUCAUCGCAUCUCUCCAGUGCUCCAGGGAAGGUACGAGGACACGAAGCGGACGGAGCCGAUGGCCUGUCGCUUGUUCACGUCAAGAAACAGCGGGGAGCAAACAGCCCGUCCCGGUCGUCUCUGAAUAGUAUCGACUCAGAUGUUGGAUCUGAUUCCAGGACACUGCUGGGAAUGGUAUUGAAGGAAGUGCCGCAAGUGGAUGAUACUGUGAUGAAAGCAGAAGAUCCAGCGACGAGGAUGUCGGUCGAAGCGGUGGGUACUGAAGCUGCUGCUGCUGUUGCUGUUGCUGCUGUUGACUCGAGACCGAGAAAAGGCCGUCGCGUUCGCAAGACGAAUCUCGAGAAGAUGGAGAUUCUGGCAUUUGUGGAUCGAGGUGGAUCUCAAGGAGCUGCUGCUGAGAAGUUUGGCGUCUCGCGGACUGCAGUGACCAAGAUGGUGAAGGAACGCGCGGCGAUCUCGGCUCAAGCGCUGGUGGAGAACGUGACGAGCUCUCGCAAAGUGCUGCAGUAUCAGCACAAACUCAGUGUGAUUGAAGACAUGCUGCACAAGUGGCAGUUGCAGACCGAGGUGGACGCACCGGCAUUAAAGAUCACGGGGGAGCUCUUGCAGUCGAAAGCUAUGGAGUUUCGGAACAAGAUCUUGGCAGAUUAUAGUAGCGAAUUGUCGGAUGACGUGAUCAUGUCGCUCACGGACUUUAAAGCGUCGAAUGGAUGGCUGCAUCGAUACAUGCAGCGACGCAGCCUGCGGUCGCUGUCGAGAUUGCAAGGACAGGCAGGAGGUGAUGCGAUGUUAACGGAAAGACUGAACUUUGAUCAACGUAUUCAGAAAGUUCGUGACUUGCUCUUGACAGUCAGCCCGACGUGUAUAUGGAAUCUCGACGAAGUGGUGCUGCGCCAUCGCACGACCUCGGCCAGGUUGGACUCGAUUGUUAAUAUGGACGCACGAAGUCUUGAGCAUAUCUCAGUUGCUAUGGUCCUGAGUGCAUCUGGUGAGAAACUGUACUUGCAAGUCGUUGGAAAAGACCCGCUUCCGGACUCAUUGAAGGACGUUGAUCCGUUAACGAGCUACGGUGCUCAGUACCGUGACCAUUGUCAAGCUGCACACGAUGCGCAAGCGAUACUUGAUUUCAUUCACGCCAUGAACCAAGAGGCAGUAACGAGAAAGCAGGUGUGGUACUUGGUGCUGAACAGCCGUACUGCACACAUUGCUGCUGCUCAUGCGCUGAAUCCGUCAGGAUCGUUUCGAAAUAGCUUCAGCUUUGAAUCGAUCGUGCUGUUGUUUGUACCUCCCGGUCCUUCAUGCGAUGCUCAGCCUCUUCAUCAAGGUAUUCUUAGGUCGUUUAAGUUGCGAUUUCGUCGUGAGAUGCUGCAGACAUUACUUCGCGAGCACGAACAGUGGGCAGAGGCCAUUGAAAGCGGCCGAAAGAGGCACAGACCAACGACUGGUGAUCGGUCGACUGUAGAUGACGUCUUUGAUGUCCACGCACACACUCACAUGCGAAACACGUUGAUGUGGCUCCAUACAGCGUGGGAGUCGAUACCGCAAUCGUUCAUCCGACAGGCGUGGUCAGCAAGCUUGUACUUGCCUGCGGUCGUUCCUGGGGAUAUCGAACCCUCAGCAUCAAUGUGUGAUGAAAAUGAUAUACUGAUUUUUACGGAACUGUUAGCUCAGCUAGAAAAAGUGCCAGCGCUUCGAAGUGCUCUUGGACUCGAUUGUACUGAUGACCCUGGUCAAUUUAUGAUGGAGCUGCUCGAUUUCGACAAGUCCGAAACUACUGGCACUGAUGAAGUUGCGAAAGACGAUGAGAUUGUUGUGGAAAGCUUGGCUUCUCAAGGACUUCUUGGCGAUACGCAAAGGGCGUUGGUACUGGAAAGCAUCAAAAGCGACGAUCCGCCUCUCCUUACGGUGAGUGAGGCGAAUGUGACAGUAUCACGGUUAUUACACUAUAUCCAAGACACUAACAAUCUGUUAACUCUGCCUGAGCGGAGAACUGGACGGACGAAUCUCUUGAUGUUUCAACGUUUGCUGGUAAAAGCCCGGAAGAGGGAACACGAAAGAGGAACGACUACCGACUUUACUGUAUAA